UUAAAAUUAAAACCCUUCUCCUAUCACUAUUUCUGCUGCGAUUUCAAGUUCCACUGUUUGUUGUUGCCUUAGACACAUAUUUUUCAAUGGGAGACCUAGAAAAAAUGGGAAGAGAACUCAAAUGUCCAAUCUGUUGGAGUUUACUACAUUCUGCGGUUUCACUCACAUGCAAUCAUCUUUUCUGCAACUCGUGUAUAAUUAAGUCCAUGAAAUCUUCAUCUUCUUGUCCUGUUUGUAAAAUACCCUUCACUCGUCGAGAGGUUCGUCCUGCUCCUCACAUGGACAACUUGGUUACCAUCUACAAAAACAUGGAAGCUGCUUCCGGAAUCAAUUUAUUCGUCACUCAAAAUCCACCUGCUACCAAUUCACCAGAUGAGGGAAAGCAAUGUGAAGGUGAUGCAGCUGAUGCUGAUUUUGGUGAGAAGGGAACUGGUGGAACUCAUGAAAAUCAUGCUGAGGAAAAAACCCCGAAGACAAAGAAGUCGAGAAAGAAGCUUAAGACUGGUACCAAAAGUUCAGCUUCUGACUGCGAGAAGCCUUCUUUUCCUGCAAAGAAAAGAGUUCAGGUGCCACAGGAUAUUCUUUCAGAAACUCCACUGAGGAAUUUUAAGUCUGGAGGCUCUCUUAGUGAGAUUAACCAAGAAGGAACACAUAACAUUUCAAUCAAGGCAAAUGAAAGGCCACUCCAAAGUGAAAAAGGUGAUCAGGUGAAAGAACCUUUCUUUUGGUUAAGAGAGGAGGGAGAUGUUGAAAAGUUAAGUCAGGGAACUGAUGAGGAUCAACUUAUUGAUGGCCCAACACCAGUUCCUCCUUCAUUCAGUGAUCUCAAAGAUGCUGAUGAUGGAAGUCCUUCAAAACAAGCUCCAUCAGAUGAGGUGCAAAACAAACCAUCUGUUGAUUUAUUUGAUAGUGAGAUGUUUGAAUGGACGCAAAAGCCAUGCUCCCCUGAAUUAUUUUCCACUCCCAUCAAAAUGCAGGUUGAGGAUAUUCUUGAGAUUGAUGAAAAUAUAAAGGAAUUGGUAACAGCAUCGCAAGAACAUCAGUCAAGUACUGAUGCUUACGAUACAAACUUUGAGAAUUCCAUAGUAGGAAAUCAAUUUGCUGAUGUGUUACCACCAGGCAUGUCUUCACAAAUUAGAAGUUUUGAUGAUCUAAAUGGAGUGAAGAGGUAUACAAAGAGAAACAGGAAGGCUACAGAAAAAGCUAGGCAAGACCAGAUUAGGGAACAAAAAUGUCAAAAUGAUGGAAUAAAUAUGGAUUCAAAUAUAGCAUCCAAAGUCAUUGAGGAGCAAUCGUUGGACUACAAGCACGGAGCUUCUAACCUGAAAAAGUCUAAUAGAAGGAGCAAGACGGUUUUGUUCGUUACCAGUACAGAUUCAACGCCUCAAAGUGCUGGUAUGGUCUCCAAUAUGCUAGGAGUUCAAAGCAAUGGUGAAGGGAAGAUGGCUAAGAAUUCAUAUACUUCAGCAUCUAAAGAAGGUAAUGAGAUGCGAUGUCCUUGGAAGAUUGCUGGAAAAAGUCAAGUGAUAAGAGCCGGAAAACAAGAGCUGGAUGAUGUGCAUGACCCACCUGAAGAUUUAUCUUCAGAGCAAAACCAGUGCAAUGAGUUUGCUGGUUCUGCUUCAUUCACUUUAAGUCUGCAGACUUAUAAUAAUGGAAAGGCUGCUAAUACUGGGAAAAGAAAAAGCAGUUUGUCCAGAAAUUCUAUGUCUUGCAGUAAAGAACAGAAGAGUGCUAAAAAGUCAAAAGUUUCCCCUGAUUAUAUCUCUAGGACUAAAAAGGAUGAGGACAUUCAACUAAAUAAAAGUAUUAAGCAAGGUACUGAUGUCAGGGCUUUGAAUGAUAAUUCAAAAGAGAAACACUGUCAUUUGACAGACAAACCAGUUUUAAAGAAAUGUGUGAGCCAUGUCAAAAAGUACCAAUGUGCCUUCUGUCUCUCAUCAGAAGAAUCUGAGGCUUCUGGCUCAAUCGUGCAUUAUUUUGACGGCAAGCCUGUAGCUGAUGAUUAUGAAGGAGGAUCUAAAGUCGUACAUUGUCACAGGAAUUGCACUGAAUGGGCCCCAAACGUAUACUUUGAAGAUGAUAAUGCAAUAAAUCUUGAAGCUGAAAUAAGUAGAAGUCGGAGAAUCAAAUGUAAUUUUUGUGGACUUAAAGGUGCUGCCCUCGGUUGCUAUGAGAAAAGUUGUCGCAAAAGCUUCCAUGUUCCUUGUGCCAAGUGGACUUCUCAAUGUCGAUGGGAUAUGGAAAACUUUGUCAUGUUAUGCCCUCUACAUGCUCCCUCCAUGUUGCCGUAUGAAAGUUCAGGAUCCCAACACAAGAGCAAGAAAUUUACCGCUAAGAAGGAAAAAAGCUGUAGUAUCAAACAUGACACUACAAGCCAAAGUCGAAUUGCUCAAGGAUCUUACAAGAAAAUUGUGCUGUGUUGUUCAGCUCUAUCCGUACAGGAGAGGGAUGUUGUUUCUGAAUUUGAAAGAGUAUCCAAGGUUACAGUUUUGAAAACCUGGGAUUCAAGUGUUACCCAUGUAAUAGCAUCAACAAAUGAAAAUGGGGCAUGCCGAAGGACUCUCAAAGUAUUGUUGGGUAUUCUAGAAGGAAAGUGGAUUCUUAGCAUUGAGUGGAUCAAAGCUUGCAUGAAAGAAACAAGACCUGUUGAUGAGGAGCCCUAUGAAAUUAAUGUCGACGUCCAUGGAAUUAGGGAUGGUCCUCGUCUUGGACGACUAAGAGCACUGGACAAGCAACCAAAGCUUUUUUAUGGCUGCAAGUUUUAUUUCAUGGGAGAUUUUAUCCAGUCAUACAAGUGCUAUCUGCAAGACCUUGUGAUUGCUGCUGGAGGGAUUGUUCUGCAUAGAAAACCAGUGUCAGCUGACCAAAAAGCAAUACUACCUGAUGUGCAUCCACAACAAACCCUCAUAAUCUACAGUCUUGAGUUUCCUGCUAAAUGCAAUCCUUUGGAAAAGGAUGCAAUUUUUUGCCAAAGACAAUCUGAUGCAGAGGUUUUGGCAAGGUCUACUGGUUCAAAUGUUGCAAGCAAUACGUGGAUUCUGAAUUCAAUUGCUGGCUGCAAGUUGCAAAGCCUUACUCAAUAAAUGUUAUAGGCCAUUUACUUGCACAUGAUCCAAAAUCAGUGUUUUUCCUUUUGUUUAUCUAUAAAUUUAUAUGCAGGCUCAUUAUAUACCUUUUCUUAAGAGUAUAUAUUAGUAAAUUUCUGAUUUGUUAAUAGACUCCUACAAUAUAAUUUGUGUAAUUCUUAACCAGUAUGUUGGCAGUUCUUUAUUUGUUA